CCCGGAAACUCAAUCCCGGAGGAAUCUCUCUCCCUCUCUCUGCUCCCAUGACCCGCAGCCUGUUUGAUGCCCAAACACUGAUCCGUCUGUUUGCAGGUCCUUCUGGUUUGAUCUCGCAGAUCGGCUGGUUCACGCAGAUGUGGACCAUGGACACAUAUCCCGAGCUGGCCUCCUAUCGCGGGCUGCAGCGGCAGUUCAAUGGAUCGGCUCGCUUUGCCCUCACAUCGUCGGCUCUCAAUGCAUCGGGCCUUGGCCCCCCAGACGCCUGUCCGGACUGUGGGGCCCGUGUAUGGAAUACCACUGCAUCUGGAUACGGAGCGCUUUUUGCGAUCGAUCCAUCAUGGGCAGGUGACGUUCAGCUGCAUGUAACUCUGAACAACAUGAAUCUCAUGGUCGAAUGGUCUGGAAGUGAGAACGGGCUCAUUCAAGCGUUUACAAAGCUGAACGCCAUCCACCAGCCUUUCAUUAUGGCAUUUUACGAGCCACACUCUCUGUUCAAUCUUUGGAUUGCCAAGAACGACUCCAGCUAUCGCCUAUCAAGAAUAUCAUUGCCAGAAUACGACUCCAACCUCUGCAAUGCAUCAUGCGCUGACUUCUCGAGCUUGGUGGUGCAAAAAAUCGUCAAUUCACAGCUUUCGACAACAAACCCAGAGGUUUACUGGCUGACUCGUCUCUGGACAAUCACAAACACCGAUAUCAACAACUUUCUCAGCUACAGUGACAUAUUAGGGCUGGAGGACCGGGACUCGGCUUGCAUGUGGGUCAAGCAGAACAAUGCCACUUGGUCAAGAUGGCUGUGGUUUCGGCAGUGCCCAAACAACUGCAAUUCGCCAAACGGCUAUUGCUUCAUGAAUCAGUGCGUUUGCGUCGACCAGUGGUCCGGGGUCGAUUGCGGGAUCCCCGAAAACACCUACGAAGUGCCUAUUAUCGCCGGCGGGCUAGCAUUCAGUGCCAUUCUGGUCGUGAUCUAUCUCUCGUUGAGAUACAACUGCCCAAGUGGACAGAAUACAAUUGUCUUUUCGAUUGGCCUCAGCAUCGCAAAAGUGAUUGCCGACAGCAUUUUCUGGAUCAGAUACUCUGGAUUCACCAAUCGGUCUGUCUAUAUAUUGUUCACUGGCGUGGCUUUUAUCGGCGCCCCUGUUCUGUUGUCGUUUCUCCUGAUGUCGACACUUCUCGGUCGGGAAGUGAAAAAGAACUCGUCCUUUCGAAAGUAUAUGGAUCGAUACACACUGCCGCUCUGUGCAGUGAUGAUGUUGUCGUCGCUCAACCCGGCCAUCAUCAAACUGUCGUCAUCAAGGAUCAUGAAGUGGGCUGUCUUCACCGCUCCAUUGUCGCUUGAGCUCUCCAAGAACGUCAAGUAUCUCUCGCUGCUUUCCACAUUGGUUCAAGACCUGCCACAAAUAGCUCUGCAAGCCUAUGUCUCGGCCCAGACUCGAUGGGUGCCUAUCGCCAUCGCCUCAAUCUCAGUGUCGCUCUUAUCGCUGGUGUUUGGGCUCACCAACAGUAUCUUCGAUCAGCUGCUGCUGAAGUACUCUGGGGGGCACCACACCGCUGACCAACCCAACACAAAGGAAGUGUCCGAGAAGACGUUUGGCGAGCAUGGAAAACCCCCAAACUUUGUCAAGAGCGAGCCCGUAUAGCCGGUCGGGCUAACGACGGAUCUUUCUCCGGCCUAUCGCGCGCGAACAAGCCUCCGCCCAAUUAGAGUAUCACGAUUUUGAUGCUCACGCCGAUUAUCGAGUUUGGCAGUAUACGCUGGGAGCAACAGAGCUCUGUUGC